ACCAUCUCCGGCAACCAAACUACAGCCAGAAGAGCUUUGUUAUUUAACUGCAAUAAACCCCGUACCCUUCACGACACCAAGAUUUCGUUCCCUUCAUCACACUCAGACUUCGCUAUACUUCGCCCGAAGAGAUUAACUAUUGAAGCAAUUAUGCGGGCUUUCAUUGCAACAUCAAUUCUCUAUACUGCUCUCGCUAUAGGCCAGAGUCUACCCUCUCGCAUUGUGUACCAAUUUCCUCAACAACCCAACUGGAUCGAAAACAUCGCCGUCCGCAAAAAUGGCAACCUCGUCCUGACUAUGCUUACUUCUCCCGAAAUAUUCCAAGUCGCCAAGCCUUGGGAAAAGUCGCCAUCAACAGAGCUCGUCCAUCGGUUCUCGGGCUUUGAUGGCCUUCUCGGCAUCACCGAGACCUGCCCCGACACCUUCGUGGUGGUGGGCGGCAACUUUUCUGGCAUCGGUGUGAGCGUUCCCGGUAGCUUCUCGGCGUGGGAGGUCAACAUCGCCGAUAAGAAGACCACGGUGAACAAGAUUGUCAACGUCCCAGAGGCGGCAUUCUUGAAUGGCGUAGUCGUCCUACCUUGGGACCGCAACAUCGUUCUCAUUGCUGAAUCAGCGCUUGGCAAAGUAUACAGACUCGAUGUCAAAGCCAAGAAAUACGAUGUCAUCUUAGGCGGUCAAUAUCUCGAGCCUACAGCCGAAGCAGUGCCGCCAAUUGGAGUCAACGGUGUGCAAAUUCGCGGAGAUUUCUUGUACUGGAGUCAUAGCUCCCUGAGAAAGGUCUUCCGGGUCAAACUCGAUCGCGCGGGUAGGGUUGCGGCCAAGGCCACCAUCGACCAGAUCGCCAACGUCAACACUACGGCUAUUUUCCUCGACGACUUCACUUUUGACAAGAAGGGCGGUAUCUGGGCCGUGACCAACAUUGACGGCAAGCUUCUCUACGUCACUCCGCAGGGAAAGAGCACCGUCGCGGCCGGCUCAGAGACGGAACUGACUGUUGCUGGAGAUACUGCAGCUGCCUUCGGUCGAAACGUCAAGGACAAGGGGAUCUUAUAUGUUGGCACUGGGGGAUCUCUUGCGAGGCCGGUCAAUGGAACGAUCACAGAGCCCGGAAAGGUAGUGGCCUUCGACACACACAGCUAUGGUCGGUGAGGAACAGAUCUAAAAAUCCAAUAGACUCAUGCUGCCUUGCUUGCAACAGUAUUUGAAAGCAAAGAACAUGUAUCUAGUUCAGAAUCGUGUGACUUCCUAGACUCAGCGUGCUGUCGUAUUGCGUCCCAUUGCUAUUGAAUUUCCAACAUGAGCAACCGUUCCUCCAUCUCUGUUUGCUCAAGAACAUAGGACCGCUUGAAUCGACACUCAAAGACGUCUCCGACUCUUCUACUAACCAAAGACUCCAUUUAUAC